AUGGCAAUGGCCCUCGCAGCCCAUUAUGACAGCGGGAGCGAUGAUGAGUUUCACUCUGUGUCAGGCCGCGACGAGCACGAUGAUUCGGAGUCCACUCUUAAUAUGCCUCCGGUGCAUCCCAUUGCUCCACUCCAGGGCGCAUUCGAGGAGUCUAUCUACGAGAGUACGCAGAACGAGGACGACAGUGCUGCCGAAAGUCCCUACGACGCAGAGAUGAGACGUCGUGAGCUGUUGGAUGCCACGCGCUAUGAGGACGUUCGCCAGAACAAGUGGAAGCAGAAGCAUGGCGCCAAGUACCAUCCUCUGCUCAAGCUCAUGGCACAGAUCGUCUUCGGCAUGCAUUUACUGCAACAAUCGCAAGCGAAAUCCAACGAGGAGGUGGUCAAGAUACUGCAGAAUCAUGUCACCGAUGUGGAUUCGUUCCUGGAGCGAACGUCCGAGGACUUCGUGCUGGCCACAAACGACAUUGAGGAACGGAUCCGGUAUCUCAAGCUACCAAUGCAGCAUAUGGAGGUGUUCAAUGUCAUGCUCGAUGAGAAGAAGUUCCGCGCUGAUCUGGUCAAUGGUAACGAUAAGAUCGAGAUGAUCGUCGGGCGAACGGCGAAGGCCGUGAAUGAUGCACUCUUUGACAUCUCGAGCGGUCUAGAGUCAACAAAAGAGCUGGGAACAUACCUGUCUAAGGUGAUCGAUGAAGGCUUGCCAAGCGAUACCGAGAUAGCCGAUGUCUUUGCUGCAAUGCGUGGCAACGAACAGGGCUGGAUGAAGUAUCUCCAGGAGCUGCGAAUCAAAGGCGAGAAUCUGGGCAACAGUCUGGUUGCACUUGGGAAUGUCAUUGCAGAUAUCAACAAGCAUGCUGCUGCUGCCAGCAGAAGGAACAAGCCUCAAAGCCGGACCAUUUCCACAACAACAACAACCGGAAGUUCGUCGCCGGCUUUGCGCUCAAAGUUUGCCAAAGACUCUGUGGUUUAUCGAAAGCCUGGGCCGUGGCUGGAUAAGCCGUUGCCUUCGGAGCCAGACAGUGAGUUCAGUGCAGCGAAGGUGUCGAUGCCCAAACCACAUCCGGUGCCUUUCGCGACACGUUAUGAGCAGCCACGCGAACAUGCUCCAAUCCCUGGAUCAAGGUCCUCAAAUGCCGGAGACGCAACUCCUUCACAACGUCGAGCGACUUCGCGGACGGCAUCUGGACCGCUAUCAAGUAACCCACCAGACGCCCCACCAGACGCCAGCCCGAGAGUGCCAUAUAAGAAUCCAGGACGAUCGCAGAGCCAAAGCACUGCCCACGUGUUAAGACCGAGCUCACCACAGAGGCCGGUGGCCUCUUUCAGACGAUCUAGAAGCCAAGGUGCAAUCCUGGACUCACAAACUCCAAACAAAGUCAUACCUCGAAAGCCUGUGGCUGGUACCUUGAGGAAACAUCCAGGGACCCAAAUUAAGUACGUCCCGCCCACAGGUGUGACACCGGCCAAAGAAUAUACUUCAAUCACCAACGGUUUCUCGCGGCGCAUAUUCAUGAAGCUGCGUAAUAUACCACCACUACCGCAAAGUCGGCAGAGAACUGAGGCAGUUGCGCGGCCUGUCGACUCUGCCUACUCCUCCGACCGCAAACGCAGCACAUCAUCGCCGACAGAAUUUACCAUGGAUACAGAACAUGAUAUUGAGAAGGAAAGUCAAUCCUACUUCGAGAAAGACGCCGUCGCUGGAGCUGGGGACGCAAUUGCUAGCACACGGCUUGGGCUGUUCCCAAAGGAUACGGGACCACUCGCGCCCUCACAGGCAAGCAUGCGGAGCAGACAUGAUAUGCCCAACUCGAAGGCGGUCUCAUCGGCGUGGACCGACCGAUCUCUAACAACGACACAUUCCUCGAAAGCAUUCCGCACUAUGAGCAUCAGGAAGUUCUUCGGACACCACAAGGACGAAAGCCGAAACUUGCCGGCACAGUAA